UUUUUUUGGAUCAGUAACAACUACUAGAUUACAGCAGUAAGGUAAGAAUGGCUCACUGGACUAAAUUUGAGAAAGAUCUGGAUCAGGAGGUGAGGAAACUCAUCAUGCACCUGAGUGGAAUCCAAGAUGAGAAAGAUCAAAACUUUCAGCUGGCUUUUAAAUUUGCCUGGUCCAACUUCAGGUUUCACAGGUUUCUGGAUGUCAGCAGCCACAAAGUGCAGCGUUCAAUAAAUGGGAUCUAUGAAAAGCUCAUGGUGCACUCAGAUUUAUGUAAAGCAGAGAGCUGGAAGAGAUUAACAGAAGAAUUUCUGAACUCGCCUCUUCCUAAUACAGACGGUACCAUGACUGAUGUUCAUCAUGGUAUAUUGUUUUUUUUGCUCUUGCUUUCUGAUUCUCCUUCCAAUACGGACUACAAUGAGCGACCCAGAGUGAAAGAAGCAGAAAAAGAAGAUGUAUUUGACUGGCCUAAAUACUUAAUGGAAGGAGAAGAUAUUGACACUGGUCCUUUUCCUGAUACUCCAGUGUGGUCAGAAGAAGAGAGCGAGGAAGAAAGCCAGCCACCUAUCAGCAGAGAGGAUUCUGGGAUACAGGUGGACAGAACCCCACAGGAGGAUCAAGAACAAAACAAUAAAACAGUACAAGUGACUUGGACUGUGGGUGAACCAGAUUCCAGGACCUGGCUGGAGCUACAUGUUGUGACGCCAUACUGGGUUCCACAUUCGUCCCGUUUUCCACACAGUCUCCAUCUACACUCCAACCUGCUUAAUGUCUGGGAUCAGCAUCUCUACAACACUGAUCCGCUGUACCUGCCCGAAGAGAAAGCUUUUGUCACUGAAACCCAAGUGAUCAGAGAGACUCUGUGGCUUCUGUCAGGAGUGAAGAGGCUUUUUAUAUUUCAGCACCAUGAUGGCAAAGUCAGUGUGAGAAAUGAUGUAGUGGUUACCCACUUAACCAAUGAAUGCUUACAUUCAAUCCUCGAGCAUGUAGCAGCGUAUGGCCAGGCAGUCUUCCGCCUGCAGAGGUUCAUCGACGAGGUGACUGGUCACAGUGCCGAACCAUGUCCUCCCGUCAUCAAUUCCUCCUCAUCGUCCAAGAAGGGCUCGGAGCCUCCGUUCAGAACUUACCAAGCCUUUGUGUGGGCACUGUAUAAAUACUUUACCAGCUUUAAGGAGGAGCUCACUGCUAUUGAGAAGGAGAUUAUCGGCAAAGAUGAGACGGUGACUUUGUCUACUGUGUUGGAGCGACUCAGCCCUCACCUGGCACAGAUCACUGUGCUACAUAGGGUUUUCUGCACUGGAGUGGCUGAGGUACCCCCUGGCACGCCUAACGUCGUACGAGCCUCACACUUGCUCAACACCCUCUACAAGGCCAUCAUUGAGUAUGAUAGUGUGGGUGAAGCGUCUGAGCAGUCUGUGGCGCUCCUCUUCCAGCUCUGGGUUGAAACUGUCAGGCCAUAUCUUGAGAUAGUGGACGAGUGGAUUGUUCAUGGGCACUUGUUCGACCCAGCGAAAGAGUUUAUAAUCCAAAGGAACAAGGAUGUGCCAGUGAACCACAGAGACUUUUGGUAUGCCACCUACACCCUCUACAGUGUGUCUGAGGCUGUAGACAGUGAGGACAGGCUGAGCGACACUGCCAGUGGAAGUUCUGUUGGAGAGCAGAGCUCCAGCAGCCGACAGCACACCAUGGUGUCCUUCCUCAAACCAGUCCUCAAGCAGAUCAUCAUGGCUGGAAAAUCCAUGCAGCUUCUGAAGAACCUGGACUGCAAGGAGACGGAGCAGACUGGCACUUCUAGAGACGCAGAGAGGAAAAGUCUGUACACACUCUUCCUGGAAUCGGUGCAGACGCGUCUGCGUCGUGGAGAGGAAUCGCCAACAGAUACGGUAACCGAGCAACAAGCCACCAAGAGGAGCCUUAUAAAAAUGCAGUCCAUUGUGGCACGUCAUCUGAAAUUGGAUGACAUUCAUGAUCCGCUGCUGGCCAUCAACUUUGCCAGGUUGUAUUUAGAGCAGAAAGAUUUUCACGAGAAGUUCUCCGGUGCUGGGGUGAUUGUGGACCGUUCGUCUGAAUCAGUAACUUGUCAAACCUUCGAGCUGACUCUGCGUUCCUGUCUGUAUCCACACAUCGAGAGGAGAUACGUCGAGUGCUGCGGAAACCUCAUGAGAACCCUCAAAAAGGACUACAGGUUACUGGGAUACCUUCAGGCUAUGAGGAACUAUUUUCUGCUGGAGGCUGGUGACACCAUGUAUGAUUUCUACACGGCCAUCUUUGACAAGGUGCUGGAGAAGGAGAGCUGGCAGCAGCUGGCUUUCCUCGAUGUGCAGCUGCAAGAGGCUGUAGGACAGCGCCACCGAGAGGAUAGCAGCCGAUUGUCCAUCUUUUUGGAGACUAUAGAUCCUGCUAAGAAGAAACAACCGAUCAAUAACCUUGAUGGUCUUACACUGAUCUAUAAGGUUCCAUGGCCUGUAGAUAUUGUCAUUAGCUCUGAGUGUCAAAAAAUCUACAAUCAGGUCUUUCUGCUCCUUUUACAAAUUAAAUGGGCCAAAUAUAGUCUGGACACAUUGAGAUUUACAGAUUUGACAGUAGCAACUAAAAGGCAAGAAGAAAGCCCUUCUGAAGAGUACACCGCCAAAGAACCAAAAGAACCUUUAAAUCAGCAAAUCCACAGGAUGUUCCUGCUCAGAGUGAAACUCAUGCAUUUUGUGAACAGUCUGCACAACUACAUAAUGACCAGGAUCUUACACAGCACAGGCUUGGAAUUUCAGCACCAGGUGGAGGAGGCCAAAGAUCUGGACCAGCUUAUAAAAAUCCAUUAUAGAUAUCUGUCCACUAUUCAUGAUCGCUGCCUUCUACGAGAGAAGGUCAGCUUUGUAAAAGAAGCCAUCAUGAAAGUCCUGAAUUUGGUUCUGAUCUUCUCUGACCGAUGGCAGGCUGGCUUUGGAGCAUGGAAAAUUGAAUCUAUUGAAAAAAUGGAGUCUGACUUCAAAAACUGUCACAUGUUCUUGGUGACUAUUUUGAAUAAAGCCGUCUGCAGGGGAUCGUUUCCUCAUUUGGAAUCCCUGGCUCUGUCUCUGAUGGCUGGGUUUGAACAGUGCUAGAAGACUUUCACCACAACAGCAGCCCACUAGCCAAGCUCUCACUGCUUGUGUGCUGUGUCUUCCUCUUUUUUCCUACCACCAUGCUUUACUGUGUCUUGCACAUGGAACACUAUCAUUCUCCUUCACCCAGCAGUUCUUCUCUUGAGCUGAGCUAUCUCUCUCUCUCUCUCUGUGUGUGUCUGUGUAGAACCAGUGAAACUACUAAAUAUAUACACUGAUCAGCCAU